AUUAUAUAAUCGUACCCUUUUCUGUAUUCUCUCCAAUUUCAAGUUUGAAAGAGAAAGAGAAAGAGAGCCUUGUGGUUGUGUUCGCCGGCAAACAUGUCCUGCUCGUCGGAGAACUCGGAGGUUUCUGACCUGAAGCUGGCCAAGUCGUCGGAGCAGUCAGCCUUCUCUCAGACUUGUAGCCUGUUGAGUCAGUACCUCAAGGAGAAAGGCAGCUUCGGAGAUCUUACUCUCGGAAUGACAUGCAACAUCGAAGGCACCGGGUCUCCUGAGACAUCUUGUCACUCUGCAACCAUUAAGAACCUUCUUCCGACCAAGACUUCUGUGAAUCCCUGUGUGAUGAAUCCUGUGAGUAUGGAGCCUAAAUCUGCACAGUUGACAAUCUUCUAUGGUGGACAAGUUCUUGUGUUUGAUGAUUUUCCAGCUGAAAAAGCCAAGGAGAUCAUGGCCCUUGCAGGCAAAGGAAACUCCCAAACUCUCAACAGAUCUGCUUAUGCUUAUCCUUCAUUUCCUCCUAAUUUGGUCACAAUUUCUGCUGAUCCUAAUGCUGCCGGCAAUUUGGGUCAAGAGCACUCUCAAGCACAACCCAGACCUGUUAUUGCUGAUCUACCAAUUGCUAGGAAAGCUUCACUUCAUCGGUUCUUGGAGAAGAGAAAGGAUAGAAUCGCUGCCAGAGCUCCAUAUCAAACAAACAAUGCCAAGAAGCCAGCUGAAGCCAUGCCAUGGAUUGGCAUGUCUCCUAAUUCACCACUAGUCUGAAGCUAUAACUAGCACAUCCAUGUAUUCAGGAUUAGAGACAAUAUUUUUAGUUUUUGGGAUGUUAAUGUUAGUGGCAAUAUUCUUAUGCAUGGUUCGUUAGGACCAAGAAUGAGAGACAAUGUCUUAGGUUCCAUGUUUGGUCUUCUAAUUCCUUGCAUCUAUAGAGAAGUUACAAUUAAGAACAUUCAUGUAUUCAAGACUUACAACCCCUAGGGGUUUGGCACUAGCCAGUUAAAUUUAGUUAAGUUGCUUCUA